UUGCCCUUUUUGUUAAUAUAUCUGGUUCUUCAUUUUGAACUUCGGUUCUGCUUUCUCUAAAAUUAUAUUUUGUAGGUUAAAUAAAUCAUAGAAUAGUAGGAAUGGGUUCCCACUCCUAACCACUGGGUGACGGUAAAGUACCCGGAACUGUUCGCCCACCCAUCUUACACCCAAAAGAAGAGGAAUAGUUUUUAUUGUUGUUGAAAUUCACAAACAGCGGAGACCUAUUUUGGGUCGACGUCGCCUUUUAGGGGAACUAACAAGAAAACCUCUUUAUCCGAAACCUACCUGAAAACAGAGAAGACGGCAAGAAUCCCUCUCCUUGAAUUUCAAAGUUGAGGUCAUAAAUUAAGGAGCCUCACCAUCAGAAGAGAUGUCCUCUCAAGUCAGAAUAAGGCUGCUGCCGAGUGCCAGAUGUCUGUUUGAUGAUCCCAUCCAGGUGAAGGUGGCCGGCCUGAAGUCCAGACAGGUGGUCACUAUGAGAGCCAGAUCGAGUGAUGACAAGGGGGUGGUGUUCACUUCCUCUGCAACCUACAGGGCUGAUGGAAAUGGAGAGAUCCAUCUAGACAGAGAUCCUGCCAUCAGUGGGAGCUACACUGGAGUUGAACCCAUGGGUCUGCUGUGGUCCAUGAGGCCUGAGACUUUACACAGAAGGUUCAUAAAAGUAAAUUCACUGAAUCCCCAUGUGGUGAAGUUUUCUGUUCAUGAGGAGGAAGAGGAAGGCAGGAUGCUGGCAGAGGCAACCAAUGAGAGACUUCUGAUAGGAGACAGAGUCAGCAGGAUCCCUGUCAAACAGGGAAAUAUUCGCGGAGUCCUGUUUAUUCCUCCAGGUGAAGGUUGUUUUCCUGCUGUUUUGGAUCUGUACACUUCUGGUGGAGGUCUGUCGGAGAAAAGAGCUUCUCUUCUGGCAAACCGAGGAUUUGUUGUCCUUACUAUAGCGCUGUAUGGCCACGAUGACAUGCCAACGAAUAUCACAGAGAUGCAUUUGGAUUAUUUCGAGGAAGCAAUAGAGUUUUUAAGAAACCAUGAUAAGGUGGGCAGUGAUGGUGUCGGUGUGAUUUCCCUUUCAAAAAGUGGAGACCUUGCUGCUUCAGUGGCUUCUUACCUGUCAGGUGUGAAGGCUAUUGUAUGGAUCAACGGCCACUCUGCAAACACAAUAUUCCCUCUGUACUAUAAGAAGAAGCAGGUCCUGCCUCCAUUAAUGUUUGAUUUUCACAAGAUAAUCCCCCACGAGUCAGGAGCCUGCAUUAUAAAGUAUGGAGUUCAUGAUCCCCGCACAGAGGAGAACAAAGCCACCCAGAUCCCUGUUGAAAAAGCAGAGGGGCGUUUUCUCUUUGUGUCUGCAGAGGACGACCUGAACUGGGACAGCAAGGGUUAUGUGGACAUGAUGGUGGAGAGACUGAAGCAUCAUGGGAAGGACAACUUUGAGUGUAUAUGUUACCCUGGAGCAGGGCAUUAUCUGGAGCCGCCUUAUGGGCCCUACUGUCCCUCCAGCUUUCAUGGGGUUGUGCGAAGGACAGUCUUGUGGGGGGGUGAGCCCAGGAUUCAUGCGGCUGCUGAAGUUCAUAUGUGGCAGAAGAUCCAGGAGUUUUUCAGAGCCAAUCUGAGCUGCAAUGCUGCAGAGGCAACAGCCAAGUUAUAGAUAGAAGAGGAGAGAGAGAAAGCUGAGGAGGUUGAUGAGAAAGCAGUUAGCAACACGAGAGGCUGAAGAUUUUAGCCAGUGCAAAGAAGCCAAUUAACUGCAGUUACCUGUGCCAGGCCUUGUUACUUAUUUAACAGUCGAAUCAAAAGUUUUGAUAGUCUUUAUACUGAAGGUGAUUUGCUAAUUUCACUUAUGACAAAUAUGCAUGAAAAGAACUUUUAUAUAAAUCACUAUUUCAAAUCACAUUAAAAGUUUAAUAUGAAUUUUAAAGUGAAUUUCUUAAAGAUGAUGCACUUUAGUGCCAGUCUCUUAGGCCAAAACAAACUGUUUCUUCACCCAUGUCUCCCCCUGUCCAUCCUCGCACUGCUUUCCCUACUACCCCAACCUUUUCCUCUGUUCUGAUGCAAGUGAGCUAUUUGUAGGACUGAUCCUGCCAGAGGCAGAGAGCCCAAAGCUGACUGGGUUUCCAUUUCUUUGAAGUAUAGACCCCAUAGUCUUUCCAUCUGUUUGGAAAGUCUGGUUUUAAAUUCAACUUUUAAAUUCAACUCUUGCUACAAAGCGCUGUUGGCGUUGACAAACACUGAUAUAUCAGCUUUACAUGUGGUCCUCACGUAUGAAUAAGUCUAAUGAGAGCUGAACACACCAGCUGGGUGUGAAUAAAGUUGGUCUUAUUUCCUAGGUUGGACUUUGCUAUGAUAGACUUCUAGGCUAAACUUUUCACAGUGUUACACAGAGUGGUCAUAGCUAUACCUUAACAUGCGUGUUCAGUCGAGCAUUAGCCAAGAAGUGAGUAUUGCCAAGUUCCAUUUGUGUGACCACAAAGCUAAGAACAACAAACCCAUUGAAUGUUUGACUUACUCUUUUUUUAUAUAGUUGUGACACAAUGAUAGAUUUAGUCACCAAGACACUGAUAUUAAUCAGCACAUUGCGUCUGAGCUCUAUUUUUUUGGCUUGUUCACUUGGUCUGUGUUCAAAAUGUGCUGAAUUAUUCACUUAGAGGACUUGAGUGUUGUUGGCUUUUGCUCUGCUUGAACAUUACUGCUUUCCAUAUCAUUAAGAGGGCCAGUUAUUUUUAUGUUCUGUAUAUUCAUGCUAUGUAAAGCUUCUGCUACCUGAUUAUCCAUCUAAUCAGUAACCCUUGUGCAAACUGUACCACUCCUGUAACAAUAGCAUACUCCUCUGUCAACCAUAGCUCCAGUUUCUUGUCUUAUCAUGUCUUCUGCUGCAAAAAAGAAAAACACUCUCAUAAUGCUGAACUACAGGGUACAAAAUUACAGUUGACAAGCAAAGGGACAACUUUAUAUUGCCUAACUUCACUUUUAUUAUGUUGAGUUAUAAGCUUAUGUUGUGAUUACUAGACAAUCAAAAGUUGUGCCAGAAUGAAAAAGAAUGUCAGGAAAAUGUAUCUAAAAACAUGUUGAGUGUAGAGUCUGUGGUUAUAAAUUUGAAAAAGAGGGAGUUUUCUAAUGUCUAAAGAUUUGUUGUACUAGUCUAAAUUGUUCUUCUGUGAAUACAAUAAGCUAUUAAAUGUGAAUAUGAGUAAACUGUGGAUCUGUCUGUGCUGCAGUAAGAAGUAUGAUCAUUGAGACCAUGACAAUCUAGAACAGCCUUUCCUAAACUUCAGCUUGGUAUGGCCUCAUUUGAGACCUGGACAUCUUCUGGGGCCCACCAAAAACCCUUGUACAACCAAAACAUGAGACUCAAAUAUUUACUUUUGAUUUAUCAUAUUUUUGUUUCAGGAAAAGUGAAUUUGAAUGCAUUUUUUUAGUAUUCACAAAGUGUUAUGGGGUCACAAAGUACAGUUAAUGAGCCACUGCAGUUUACUUUGUUUUAAUCAGGAGUCUGCAGUCACUUAAUUUUUCUUUUCUAAUGUAUUUGUAUGUUGUGGGCCUGCAAACUCUUCCCGAGCAGCAUUAAUCUUUCCAAAAACAGCUAAAUUUUUAAAAUCAGGAAGUGAAUCAAAUGUUUAACCAGGGGGGAACCAGUUAAUCUAACACCAGUCAAACCAUGACAACUUUGAAUACAUAAUGAAAAGAUGACAUGACUAAAAACAUCUGGCUGUGUUUUGGUUCUUUUUAGUCUUAAAAUAGCAACAUGUAACCAGAUAUGUUAUUAUCAUUUAAAAAUUUUUUUUUUCCCCUCACUAUUUCUAUGAUUUUUAAUUUUGUAAAUGACCUCUCAUGACACCAAGGGUACCUGCCUAUCAGACGGCCCCGGCCCACAACUUGGGAA